AUGGGGAAUUCAUAUGCAGGGCAGCUGAAAUCAGCCCGUUUUGAAGAAGCUCUUCACAACUCUAUAGAAGCCUCUCUGAGAUGCAGUAGUGUUGUCCCACGGCCAAUCUUCUCUCAACUCUACCUGGACCCGGACCAACCUCCUUUCCUGCCAGAAGAUGUGAAACCAAAGGUGGAAGAAUUGGACAAAGAGUUGGUACAUCGUUACACACAGAACGGUAGUCUGGAUUUUUCUAAUAACCAAACUGUUAAUGAAAUGGAAGACGAAGAGGAGGAUGAAGACAUGUCAGAUUCAAGUAGUCCACCAAUCCCAUAUUCACAAAAACCUGCCCCAGAAGGGUCUUGCACUACUGAUGGUUUUUGUCAAGCAGGCAAGGAUUUGCGGUUAGUAUCGCUGUGCGUGGAACAAAUUGAUAUCCCAGCAGGCUUCCUGCUGGUAGGAGCCAAGUCUCCAAAUCUUCCUGAGCAUAUUUUAGUCUGUGCUGUCGACAAGCGGUUUUUGCCAGAUGAUCAUGGAAAAAAUGCACUUUUAGGGUUUUCUGGGAAUUGUAUAGGCUGUGGAGAAAGGGGAUUUCGAUACUUCACAGAAUUUUCCAACCACAUUAACCUGAAACUAACCACUCAGCCAAAGAAGCAGAAGCACUUAAAGUACUACCUAGUAAGAAGCUCCCAAGGUGUACUGUCAAAGGGACCCCUUAUCUGCUGGAAAGAAUGUAGAAGCAGACAAUCAUCUGCUGCUAGCCAUUCUGCUAAACCAAAUUCUUCAGUGUCACCAUCCACGACCCCAGAGAGCGGAAGAGCUAAUGGAUACAAAUCAGGGUUCACUCAGACAGACUCCUCAGUAUUCAGUCCAGCAAAAUCAUCUUCUGCUGUUCAUAUAAGUGGAACUCAAGACCUAUCCCGGAACAAGAACAUAGUGAAACCACUGGCUUUGUCUGUGCAGCUUGUAGGAAAGACAUUUGCCACAGCUCCACUUACACUGCGUAACAGCGAUGUUGCAAAUGGAAACAGUAGUGGAGGAAGAAAUAAUGUGUUGAGCUCUACAUUCUCUCGACCUAUGCCUCACUCAACUUCCCCCAGCCCUGGCUGUUUUUCAGUAGAUCAAGCAUCAAUGUCUAGUUCUGGGCCACCAAAGAAACGACACCGGGGAUGGUCUCCUGGGUCACCAGUCCCACCUUCUGGUUUAGUUGUACCUGUUCCGACAAUUCGGCCUCUUACAAGAACAGAUCCUCUUUUGUCAGUCCCAGUUCCUCAAUCCAUGUUAACUGGAAUUUUACAGCCUCAACCCAUCCCUGCAGGGGAGACUGUAAUAGUUCCUGAAAACCUGCUGAAUAACUCAGGAAUCAGACCAGUGAUUCUUAUAGGUUAUGGCACUUUACCCUAUUUCUAUGGCAAUGUUGGUGAUAUUGUAGUAAGUCCCUUGCUGGUGAAUUGCUACAAGAUUCCACAGCUGGAGAACAAGGAUUUGGAUCUUUUGGGAUUGACUGGCGCUCAAUUACUAAGUGUGGAGAACAUGAUUCUUUUAACGAUACAGUAUCUUGUCCGGUUAGGUCCUGACCAGAUACCUCUCAGGGAGGAAUUUGAACAGAUCAUGCUGAAAGCUAUGCAGGAGUUCACACUGAGAGAGCGAUCCUUGCAGAUGAGUGGUCAGUGUAUCUCCGUGUCACCAGGUCAACUCCCUUGGCUUGCUAGGUUAAUCACCAGUGUAUCUCGGGACCUGGUGCAUGUGGUUGUUACCCAGAAUUCUCUGGCUGAAGGCAUUUCAGAAACGCUGAGAUCUCUCAACGAAAUGAAACAUCAGCAAAGGCUACCAGAUUAUGUUGUUGCAAUCUGUGCAUCAAAGAAUAGAGGAAAUGAGUUCUGUGUAGUAGUCUUAGGUCAGUAUCAGUCUAGAGCAUUGGCAGAAAGCAUGCUGACAACCAGUGAGUUUUUAAAAGAGAUCAGUUAUGAGCUCAUCACAGGAAAAGUUAGUUUCUUGGCAUCACAUUUCAAAAACACGUCUUUAGGUGAUGAUUUGGACAAGUUGCUAGAGAAAAUGAAGCAGCAACGAGGGGACAAUGUUGUAAUCCCUUUCAGUGGAGAUGUUAAUGAAUGUGUGUCAUCUCAGGAGGCAGCUGCCAUGGUUUCAACACAAGACUCGGAUUUGGAUAUUGACACCUUCCAAAUUUAUCAGCCGCAGCUUACAGUUGCCAGAAAGCUCUUGUCCCAGGUAUGUGCUAUAGCAGACAGUGGCAAUCAAAGCCUGGAUCUGGGCCACUUCAGCAAAGUAGACUUCAUCAUUAUAGUCCCUCGUUCAGAGGUUCUGGUCCAGCAAACCCUUCAACGGAUUCGACAAUCAGGUGUUCUUGUUGACUUGGGCCUAGAAGAGAAUGGGACAGCCUAUCAGAGAGCUGAGAAAUAUGUAGUACGGCUAGACAAUGAGAUCCAAACAAAGUUUGAAGUUUUUAUGAGACGGGUGAAGCAGAAUCCAUACACCUUGUUUGUGCUGGUUCACGACAAUGCCCACGUAGAUUUAACAAGUGCCGUCUCAAGUUCUCUAACACAUGGUGAACCCAGUCAUGGACUGGCUGAUAGAGUUAUUAACUGCAGGGAAGUCACUGAAGCUUUCAAUCUCCUGGUCCUCCAAGUCAGCUCUUUCCCCUAUGCCCUGCAGACACAGCAGUCCAGAAUAAGCUCCAACAAUGAGGUACAUUGGAUACAAUUUGACAAUAUGGAGGAAAUGGGCAGCGAGGAGAAGCUGUAUUUUGGCUUGAAUGAAUACAGCAAAUCUCUACAAUGGGGAAUCACUAGUCCUCUGCUGAGAUGUGAUGAAAACUUUGAAAAAAUGGUGAACACACUCUUAGAAAGGUACCCCAGGCUGCACAGCAUGGUGAUUCGCUGCUACCUUCUUAUUCAGCAGUAUUCUGAAGCCCUGAUGGCUCUCACAACCAUGGCCUCCCUUAGAGACCACAGCACCCCCGAGACACUCAGCAUAAUGGAUGACCUCAUCACUUCACCAGGAAAGAAUAGGAAUGGUUGUGGCCAUAUGCUUAUCAUUAGAGUUCCCUCCGUGCAGUUAGCAAUGCUAGCAAGAGAGAGGUUACAAGAAGUGAGAGACAAAUUAGGUCUGCAGUAUCGUUUUGAGAUCCUUCUUGGGAACCCAGCUUCAGAAUUUGCUGUUGCUAAGCACUUUGUGACACGAUUAAAGGCUUGGAGGGGAAAUGAACAGGAGGAUUGGGUCCCUCGUACCUAUCAGGAUUUAGAAGGCCUGCCUUGUAUUGUUAUCCUGACUGGCAAGGACACCCUAGGAGAAACUUUUCCCAGGUCAUUGAAAUACUGUGACCUCCGACUAAUUGACUCAAGCUAUUUAACUCGUACUGCCUUAGAGCAAGAAGUAGGUCUGGCAUGCUGCUAUGUCUCAAAGGAGGCAAUUCGAGGGUCUAUUGUAGCUCUUGACCUGAGUGAGAAGGAGCACGAGAAGGCUAAUAUUAGUGAGAAUGACUCUGAUGAACUGUUGAUAGACUUGGAGAGACCUCAGAGUAACAGCAGUGCGGUCACUGGAACCUCAGGUUCCAUAGCUGAAAAUGGCGUGAGCUCCUCCAGUGCUGCAGACAAAUCUCAGAAGCAACCAGCAUCUCUUAACUUUCAGAAUGUGGCAGUUAGUUCAGUCGAUGAAGGUACUUAUCCAAGAUUCACUGCUGGAGAGACCUUGAAACAAGAAUGUGACUCUCUGGGUAACCAGAUGGCAAGCAGCACCACUUCUAAAUUAUCAUCUUCCUCCAUAACCCGGACAUUCCGGUGGCCCAGCCAGUCUGUCAAAGAGUGCAAGACCCUGCAUGCAGCACUGCCACGCAUUGUCAUCUUGUCUAAAGCUGCCUAUUGUCUCCUUGGCUCACAGAAAAGUGGGCACUUGCCUUCCUCGUCUUCUCUUCUGCCUCAUGCCGAUGUGUCUUGGCUGAGCUCUUUGAGACCUUUGCUUCCCAAAGACAUGAACGGUGAGGAGCAGUCUCUGUACUAUAGGCAAUGGACCACAGCCAGGCAACACCAUGCAGAUUACAACAAUCAGAGCGAAACUGCAGGCUCUAAGAGUUUUCACCCGCGACGGCUGCUUCUGACAGGACCCCCACAGGUGGGAAAAACUGGCUCUUACUUGCAGUUCCUUAGGAUUCUCUUUCGCAUGCUGAUCAGAUUACUGGAGGUAGAUGUGUAUGAUGAAGAAGAGAUUAAUACCAGUUCUACAGAAAGUAGUGAGAUCACCCAGUCUAGCAAUGACCAUUGGCCUGACAUUGAGAUCUUCAGUAAAAUAACUUUUGACCUGAGUGUGCAUGAUACCAAGUAUGGUUCUAUGAGUCCAGUGUACACAGAACAACUGUCAAGAGUAAAACAAGAAGCAAACAAAGAAACCAAAGUUGAGGAGCCCAGAAAGAGAGAGACCGUGUCCAUGAUGUUGACCAAAUAUUCAGCUUAUAAUACAUUUCACCACUGUGAGCAGUGCCAUCAGUACAUGGAUAUUAAUCCUGCAGCACAGAUGACUGACUCCACCCUGCAUGCAUUUACGUUCUCCUCCUCAAUGUUAGGAGAAGAGGUUCAGCUUCAUUUUAUAAUCCCCAAGUCCAAGGAGAACCACUUUGUCUUCAGCAAGCAGGGAAAACACCUGGAAAGCAUGCGUCUCCCUCUUGUGUCGGACAAGAAUUUGAAUGCGGUAAAGAGUCCUAUCUUCACUCCUUCAAGCGGCCGCCAUGAGCAUGGCCUCUUGAACCUUUACCAUGCUAUGGAAGGCAUCAGUCACCUUCACCUGCUAGUGGUCAAGGAGUAUGAAAUGCCACUGUACCGUAAAUACUGGCCCAACCACAUCAUGCUGGUCCUGCCAGGCAUGUUCAACAAUGCUGGAGUCGGUGCUGCCAGAUUCCUUAUUAAGGAACUUUCCUACCACAAUCUAGAACUAGAGAGAAACCGCUUGGAAGAACUAGGAGUCAAACGUCAGUGUGUCUGGCCGUUCAUUGUUGUCAUGGAUGACUCUUGUGUCUUAUGGAACAUUCACAGUGUCCAAGAACAGUCCAGCCCGUCCAUGGAGCCAGGGAGUACCAAUAAGAAUGUGUCUUUGAAGAGUGUUCUACAGCACAUUGAAGCCACACCAAAAAUUGUUCAUUAUGCAAUACUGGGUAUUCAGAAAUGGAACAGCAAGUUGAAUUCCAGGGGAUCAAAACCUCCAUUCUCCAGGUGCCAUGUGCAUGACUUCAUACUGCUCAACGUAGACCUGACCCAGAACGUGCAAUAUGAUCUAAACAGGUACUUCUGUGAAGAUGUAGAUUUUAACCUGAGAACAAACAGCAGUGGCCUUCUCAUCUGCCGCUUUAACAACUUCAGUCUCAUGAAGAAACACAUCCAGGUUGGGGGGCAAAAGGACUUUGCCAUUAAGCCAAAAAUCAUGGUAUCGGAGAGCAUGGCCCCAAUAAUGCCUCUUCAGUAUGUCUGUGCCCCAGACAGUGAACACACGUUGCUGGCAGCCCCAGCUCAGUUCCUUCUGGAGAAAUUCCUUCAGCAUGCAACAUACAAACUCUUUCCAAAGGCCAUCCAUAACUUCAAGAACCCUGUACUGGCCAUUGACUGCUACCUGAACAUUGGACCCGAGGUGGCGAUCUGCUAUGUGAGCUCCCGCCCACACUCCAUCAAUGUCAACUGUGAGGGGGUGUUUUUCAGUGGACUCCUGUUGUACCUCUGUGACUCUUUCGUAGGUGCAGACCUUCUUAAGAAGUUCAAAUUCCUGAAAGGUGCCACCUUGUGUGUCAUAUGCCAAGACAGAAGCUCUUUACGUCAAACAAUAGUCCGUUUAGAGCUGGAAGACGAGUGGCAGUUUCGUCUCCGAGAUGAGUUUCAGACUGCCAACAGCAUUGAUGACAAACCACUCUAUUUUCUCACUGGACGCCACAUAUAA